AAUCAGUUACAAUGAAGUUCAUCGUAGCAGUCCUCUUCGCUAUCUUCUCCGUUGCCAUGGCAACGGAGAUCUGCAAGUGUCCUGACAUUUACGAGCCAGUUUGCGAUUCGGAUCUGACGACCCACGCCAACUUGUGCGAUUUCGAAUGCGAACAGAGGAAGGACGCUUCUUUGGAGUUAUUGCAUGCAGGUGAAUGCGUCCCCGAAGACAACUGCAUCUGCAUCAUGCUGUACGAUCCGGUCUGGGACACCAACGGCACCCGUUACGGCAACAUGUGCAUGUUCGAAUGCGCCAAACGCUUGAAUCCUUCAUUAAAAAUCGCUUAGUUUAUCAAAAUCUUCGAAUUUAUUCAAUAAAUAUUGCAUUCAAUCUGA